AUGGCUCCGAAAACGAGCACCGACGAAUCUAACCCCCCACCACCAUCCAACGACCUCCCCGAGAUGUUUCGCCCACCCAUAAACCGCGCGAUGCGAGUCCUGGACCGCUCAUUCUUCCAGAAGAAAAUACCGCUUUCCGCGGCCGCAAUAUACAAGGCCUCUGAUAUCUCGAACGUUCGCAAGGAGUUGUUGAAGAGCAGGGAUAUGCUGGCGUUGCCAAGGUUGAAUUCGAUUCGUGAGGUCAAGGAUGAGGGGGAGGUGAGGAGGGGGAUUUUGUUGAGGGAGGAUGUUAGGCAUGAUGAUGCUGCGACAUGGUCGCCGAAGAUUAAUGAACUUGUGGAGAAGGGGACGGUGGGAUUGAGGCCGUUUGAUUUGGAGUUGGAUUAUGAUUAUUGGAAUUAUUCUGAUAUCAUCGCCUCGAUUUUACCGGAGGAUCUGCUCGAUGAGAUUCCUCAGGGCUUUACCCAGGUCGGCCACGUCUUGCAUCUGAACCUCCGCGAACAAUACCUACCCUAUAAACACCUAAUCGCCGAGAUCCUCAAGGACAAGAACAGCACAAUCCGAACCGUUAUCAACAAGAUCGAGGAUGUUGGCUCGCACAGCGAAUUCCGUACAUUCCCAUUCGAAUUCCUCGCCGGUGACAACGACACAAACGUCACUGUUCAUGAGCAAGACUGCAAGUUUUGCUUCGACUACGCGCGCGUAUACUACAACAGCCGCCUGGAAACCGAGCACCGCCGCCUAGUCAACAAGUUCCACCCCGGUGAAAUGGUCUGCGAUGUAAUGGCAGGCGUCGGCCCCUUCGCCGUACCAGCAGGCAAGAAGAAGAUCUUCGUCUGGGCAAACGACCUCAACCCCCAUGGAACAGAAGCCAUGCAAGAAGCGGUCAAGACGAACCACGUCGACCAAUUCGUGCUGCCCUUCAACAAAGACGGAAGACUGUUCAUCCCGUGGUCAGCCAAGGAACUCCUCCAAUCCGACCCCCUAACCGUCAGCCUGAAACCCAAACGCCCGCGAAAACCCGAAGAAACCCCACGCCAUCCCGAAGAGUACACCCGCCCCUCCAUCUUCAACCACUAUGUCAUGAACCUCCCCGCCACAGCAAUCGACUUCCUCGAUGCCUUCGCGGGCGUCUACGCCGGCCAUGAGUCUCUCUUCACAGCCCAGCAGCCUUUGCCCAUGAUCCACGUCUACUGUUUCUCAGGGCACUCGGAGAACGAACGAGACGACCAUGUCGAUAUCUGUCAGCGGAUUUCUGAGAAGCUGGGCUACACAAUCACGCCCGAGUAUCCGGAGCUGGAGAUUCAUAAUGUGCGGCUGGUUAGUCCGAAAAAGCAGAUGUUCUGUGCUAGUUUCCGGUUGCCAGCGGAAGUGGCUUUUAGGACUGUUUAG